AUUUAAUUAUAAUAUUCAAUUCAUUUAAAACAAGAAAACAAACUCAGAUUUCAAGGCCACUUCUCUCUCUAAGAGGGCCUUUUUUCUUCUCUCUAAAUUGAGUGCAUUCACUUUAAAUUUGGUGAUUUCAAUCUUUGAAGUUUGAAGUACCCACUGACUUGAAUUGAAUCCUUUAAGAAAAAAGACACCAUCUUUGAAAUCUUUGUUAAAUUUGUAAUUUUGAAGCUAAUAAAUUUCAGUUCUUUGUGUUGAAACUUUUGAAAUGGGUGUUGCUAAUCAAGAAGCUAUGAAGCAGUUGCAGUCUUUAAUGGACCAAAUAGAUGAGCAGCUGAAGAAUACAUUUCGGAAUAUGCACCAGGAUUGUCCAAGUGAAACAUUGGCGCGGUUUCUAAAAGCAAGAGACUGGAAUGUUGCUAAGGCCCACAAAAUGUUGAUGGAUUGUCUAGAAUGGCGAAUACAAAAUGAGAUCGACAAAAUACUGGCGAAACCAAUAAUUCCAGCAGAUUUGUACAGAGCAAUUCGAGAUUCUCACCUUGUAGGAGUAUCAGGUUACUCAAAAGAGGGCCUUCCUGUUGUUGCCAUUGGCGUUGGGCUUAGCACUUUCGAUAAAGCAUCUGUGCAUUAUUAUGUGCAGUCACAUAUUCAACUGAAUGAAUAUAGAGAUCGUGUAAUAUUGCCUUCUGCAACCAGGAUGUGCGGACGGCAUAUUAGCACUUGUGUCAAAGUUUUAGAUAUGACUGGCUUAAAGCUUUCAGCAUUGAAUCAAAUUAAGUUAUUGACGGUUAUAUCCACAGUUGAUGAUUUAAACUAUCCAGAAAAGACACAGACAUACUAUAUUGUCAAUGUCCCAUACAUAUUUUCAGCAUGCUGGAAGGUUGUAAAGCCACUUUUACAAGAAAGAACAAGGCGGAAAAUUCAGGUUUUGCAAGGCUGCGGAAGAGACGAGUUGUUGAAGAUUAUGGAUUAUUCGUCCCUUCCACAUUUUUGCAGAAAAGAAGGUUCUGGUUCCUCGCGUCAUUCCGGGAAUGGAACCACUGACAAUUGUUUCUCAUUGGAUCAUGACUUCCAUCAACAGUUAUACAAUUAUAUCAAGCAACAAGCUGCUCUUACAGAAUGCAUUUCGCCAAUCAAACAGGGAUCAGUCCAUGUGAGUAUCCCGGAGCCAGAUCAGGAAGACGCGGAUAUUGCCAAGACAAUUGAAUCUGAACUACACAAGUUUGAAGAUCUGCACGGACUCUCCAACUCAUUAAAUGGCCUUAAAUUUAAUGGCCGCUAAAAUUUAGGUACUAUCAAAAUCAAAUCAUUACUAAUACCACACCGGACUCAACUCUCAGUGGCUGAUUCAUUUCCGACUGGUUCGAGGGCAAGUCUUUGUAUUUCGGUUACUAAAAUAUAAUAGUUCUUUGCUUGCAUCAGCUCGAUGCAGGCUUAGAAAAGAUGAAGCUAAUAUUCUGUAGAUGUUGUAUAACCACUUUAAAGUGGAUUUUACCCCACUGGCAUUAUAUGACCUUUCUGCUCUGAUGCUUGAGCAAGAAGCUAUUGCAUUAUUUAUUAUCA